AUGCAGACUGCUUCUACAAAUAUUUGUGAAAGAAUGGGUCGCUCUCAGGAACUUGGUGAAUUCAAGCGUGGUACCGUGAUAGGUUGCCACCUGUGCAAUAAGUCCAUCCGUGACAUUUUGUUGCUACUUAAUAUUCUAUUGGCAACUGUUAGUGGUAUUAUAACAAAGUGGAAGCAACUGGGAACAACAGCAACUCAGCCACGAGGUGAGCGGGGUCAGUGUAUGCUGAAACGCACAGUGUGCAGAAGUCACCAACUGUCUGCAGAGUCAAUAGCUAUAGACCUCCAAACUUCAUGUGACCUUCAGAUUAGCACAACAGUGUGUAGAGAGCUUCAUGGAAUGGGUUUCCAUGGCUGA